AUGGUAAACAAGCCCCCCCUCGCAACCACUGGCUGCCUCUGCAGCACCAUUCCUGGCGGAGACGCGCGAUCCGCCCAUCUGGGCCAAAGGUGUCCGGGGGACAGUGAGUCAUAUUGGGCGAUACUGGGGCACACAGAGGGGGCGCGGCCCGCCCGCCAUCACCCCUCACCUGCAUUCAAGGCGCAGUUCCGCAGAGAUCGACACGACCUGAGCCCGCGCACAUCUGUGCAGACGUCUGGCGACCGACGUGAAGCUCAGUGGGCUAAAGGUCUGCGGCAGCCAGACGGCGUGGAGAUGCUGGGGAAGGUCGUGAGCAUCGUACCAGUCAUCGCCAAGGCCGACACGCUCACCUUGGAAGAGAGGCUGGACUUCAAGGCCAGGAUAAGACAGAACCUGCAGGAUCACGGGAUCAGGGUGUACCCCCAGCGGGAGUACGAUGAGGACGAGGACGAAGCACUGCGCAACGACAAAAUCAGGGACAACAUCCCGUUUGCAGUGGUAGGCACGGACAAAGAGCACCAGGUCAACGGAAACAAGGUCCUAGGAAGGAAGACCAAGUGGGGGAUUAUAGAAGUUGAGAAUGCUGCGCAUUGCGAGUUUGCCAACUUGAGAGAUUUGCUCAUCAGAUCCCACCUGCAGGAUCUCAAAGAUGUCACACAGAACCACUACGAAGAAUACAGAGUCAGGAGGCUGAACGAAAGCAAUGCCCGAGGGCUAGAACUGUCCCCGGUGAACGGCAGCGUGGCGAAGAGUGACACGGAGAGCCACCUCUGAGCAGGAGAAGAGGAGAGGAAUAGAGGAGUGGAGGGAUCCAACGUGAUGCUUAAUGCCACCCCUAACACAUCUGAGAGGAUGAAACUGUUCAAACGCAUUGCACCCCCCCCCCUCAUGGAAUCUUGUUUAAUUUCAUUUUUAUUUUUGUAGACAUUAUUUUCAAAUUUUUACUCCUUCGAUAUAUAAGAAUACACAUAUUUUGGGUAUUAAGUGUGGUGAAAUUCACCAAAAGCUCAUUAUCUUUGAAUUGUAUACUGAGUGAGAAAACAAUCGAGUUAAAAAAAAAAACGCAUUAAAAUGUGUGCAGCGAGAUUAUUUUAAUAGAUUACCGGAUUAGUUCAUAAACUAAGGGUCCAUCGUCACAAAGAUCAUAAUCCCACAAAAACGUUACGACCGUUGCGUUGGCUUUCAUUCUGUCUUUAUCAAUGAAAAAUUUGAUGUUUUGUUCAGUUUGCAUUUUAAUCGCGAUUUAUUCAGAGUUAAAGUUGUAUGUUGCAAAAUGUUUGUGUUUAUUUGUUUCUAAUUUUUAUACCCACUUAUUUUUAACCACAUGGAGACGCUGGGUCUGUCUAUAGUUUUCCUCAAGAAGAUAACAAUAAUGCUUCAGCACCGGGACUGCUACAAUAAGACUUUUAUACAGCGCUAAACAAGUCAGCAUCUGUCUUAUUUGCUUUACUAUUUUUAUCGCCACUUCUUGGUCAGUGUUGACUGCAGUUUUACGGGGUAAAUAAACAAAUAGGCUCACUAA